AUGUUUAAAAGUCCUUUUAAAAAAAUAUCAAAUAUAUUCCGAUCACCUCUUAAAACACCACCUUCUAUAAAUUUUAAACGAUUUUUUUCACCUGUAACAAACAUACCACGACCAUUUUGUCCGCCACCUCCAUUAGCCCAUCAACAGCGUAACUUUUUUGGUUUUGAUGCAUUGUCAUCGCGAAGAUCUUAUACCGGCCAUAAAGUAGUUGGAUACACACAAAAACAGCUUUAUGAUGUAGUUUCAAAUAUCGAUGAUUAUCAUCUGUUUAUACCGUUUUGUACAAAUUCUGAAGUUUUAAAGUCACAAUAUAUUGACCGAAGAACAAAAAUUCUAACCGCUGCUCUAGGUGUGGGUUUUCAAGGGUUUUCAGAAACAUAUGUUUCAGAGGUAACAUGCGAAAGACCAUAUUUUGUGCAGGCAAUUGCUUCUUCUGAUGCUCUUUUUAAGCACCUGGUAACAACAUGGAGAUUUACACCGCACGAGGAGUUCCCAUCAACUCAUUGUAAUCUAGAUUUUUGUUUAGAAUUUGAAUUUGCAUCUUCCAUACAUGCACAAGUCGCCAAUGUAUUUUUUGAUCAAGUUAAUGAAUUAAUAGUAACUGCAUUUGAAGAGAGAUGUAACCAGGUUUAUGGACCACCUAUAAAUUUACAAGAUAUUGAUGAUGAAUAA